AUGGCAAAAAAUAUUCCAAAUGUCCUGAUACUUUUGAAGAUAUUUUGCGUGUGGGAAAUUUUUUCCUAAAUUUUUUACAUCCGAUUCUGUAAUGGCGGAACCUGUCUUUUUCUCCUAGCUCGCCUGAAGAGUAACAAUGCCGUUGGCAAGAGAUUUACUCCAUCCCUCCCCCGAGGAGGAAAAAAGAUGUCACAAGAAGAAAAGAUUGGUUCAAUCACCAAACUCGUAUUUCAUGGAUGUAAAGUGCCCAGGUUGCUAUAAGAUUACGACGGUAUUCAGUCACGCUCAAACAGUGGUGCUGUGCGUUGGAUGCUCAACUGUUUUAUGCCAACCAACUGGUGGAAGGGCGAGGCUUACAGAAGGUCAGUCGUUGUUUACUUACUACCAGUGUUCGCUAUUACCUUAUUUUUUGCAAAAACUGCAAGGCACUUUCGCAUUUUCUUGGAGAUUGAAAUCAGCAUUUUUUUGGUUUUCAAAGACUGCAAAAUUGUCAUUUCUACUUGUUUGAAAAGAAAGAUUUCAA